AGUGGCUCCUCGGAUGUUGCUCACAGAACUAGCAGAUGUACAGUCACUAGGUUGUCAAAAUAUGCAGGCACGUAUGACUCAGCAAUGUCCAGAGUUAAACUACAGAGAGCUGACAACGCGAGCGUCACAGACCCAAUCAUUUAGCAAACAGCACCAGAGAUGUGUGGAGAGAAGUAACCAGUGGAGAGUUUUAUCUAGCCUUUUUAUUCAGAACACAGAGGAACAGCUGGAUACAGGCAUUUAAUAUGAAGAUAUAAGGAAUGAAUCAAAUCAAUCCGAGCUCCAUGGCGCUGUCAAAAUUCAUCACAAUGCGAUUACUUUUACUCGCAGCGGCGUUUCUCUUUACGCACGACUUCACCGGAGCUGUGCGCUCUGAGAAGUGCGCCUCCCGCUGCGACGUGAGCUCUUGUCCGAGCCCCAGCUGUCCCGGCGGGUACGUCCCGGAUAGAUGUAACUGCUGCCUGGCGUGUUCACCGCGCGAGGGGGACCCCUGCGGCCGCAAAAACGACCUGCCCUGCGGGGAUGGCUUGGAGUGCAAGCUGCUCGCUGCGGGGAGGCGGCGAGGCAACAAGGGGAUCUGCCGGUGUAAGAAGGAGCAUGGAGUGUGCGGAAGCGACGGGAAAACGUAUGGUAAUAUGUGUAAGAUGAGAGCAGCCAGCCGUAAAGCCGAGAAGAACAGGAGACCCGCACUUAGCCAAGUGCACAAAGGACCCUGCGCACCUUCAAGCGCAGGUCGUCCUCAGGUCCAUCCCAGCAGCCCUCGCUACAAAUUCAACUUCAUCGCUGACGUAGUGGAGAAGAUAGCUCCUGCUGUUGUCCACAUCGAACUGUUCAUAAGACAUCCCCUGUUUGGUCGCCACGUGCGUCUCUCCAGUGGCUCUGGUUUCAUUGUGACCCACUCAGGUGUGAUUGUGACCAACGCUCACGUGGUAACCACAGAAGCCGCGGUGACCGGGAGGCCCCAGCUGCGCGUGCAGCUCCACGACGGCGACGCCUACGAGGCCUCGGUCCGAGACUUAGACAGGAAGGCGGACAUCGCCACGAUCAAGGUCGAUCCCCAGAGAAAGCUCCCUGUGCUGUCUCUGGGCCGCUCAGCUGAUCUGAGACCGGGGGAGUUUGUGGUUGCUAUUGGCAGCCCGUUCGCCCUGCAGAACACCGUCACCACCGGCAUCGUCAGCACCGCUCAGAGAGACGGCAAGGAGCUGGGCAUCAAGGACUCAGACAUAGACUACAUCCAGACUGACGCUAUUAUUAAUUUUGGAAAUUCUGGAGGACCUCUUGUGAACUUGGAUGGUGAGGUGAUAGGCAUCAACACUCUGAAAGUGACAGCAGGGAUAUCCUUCGCUAUACCCUCAGACAGAAUCAGACGCUUCCUCACAGAGUCACAGACCAAACCCAGCAAAGGCGAACCGAACCUGUCCUCUCUGUCGAGCCAACGCCUCUGAGGUCCAGCGGGAUUCAGAGUGACCAGCUCCCUCAAUCCCUGACUCCCUUUUGGACGCACCAACCAAUCAGUGAACUUCUCUCCUUCUACCAUACGCUUCCUCUCACACAUUCUGCCACAUAACUGGGAC